AUGACUCCUAUCGCUUCCGUUAAUUCAAUAGCUGGCCCAGCUCCCAAUAUCGCCCCCAUCAAUACGGUUUCAGCGGCUCGAAACCUUGUAAUUGUCAAUCCCAAUAGUCAUAUUUCUUCUAGUAAUCUCGGAGGAAACAAUCUUAUCAACAUUAGUACGGCUAGCAGUAAUACAACGUUUGGAAACACCAAUAAUGCGGUUUCUCUCGGAAGCACAAGCUCUGCUAUCAAUACCAGUUCAUCCAGCUCACGCCGUGUUGAUAUGCACAGCAAUCCUGGCUUCGAACCUGAUUUUGCUGAGCUCGGCUUCAGGCAAACUUUGUCUCACCAUUCAGCCUCUAGCGUAUUGAUUCGACAUGAUUCGGCCACUAGAGGAGGAAGUGUAAAUGAUAUCCUGGGCUCUGUCGGAAGUGGCUUUGUGUUGUGUCCUCAGGAUGUAAUUUCUGAGACCACCUUUCCUUCGGGUAUUCAGAAUAUAUCUUUUCCCCCCUGCAUUUCAUCUAGUUGUAUUGAUGAGGGGUGGGCUAUUCAUCCAUUUCUUUAUCAGCACCUUUCCCAUACCCCGGGUCAAUCUUCAUCUAACAACCUCUUGAUGCCCGUAUACGCCAGUGGGGGCUUGAAUCCCGUAUCUCGAUAUCCGCUUUAUUCAGAGUAUAAUACCGAAGCCUCUACUUCAUCCUUCGCUUGUAAUUUAUCACACCGAGCCUAUAGCGGAGUGCCUCUUCCGUCACCUGCAUUUUCAUCAAAGUUAGCUCCAGUUCCCCUAGAGCCUCCAUUCCAAGCCACGACUGAUACAAGUCUCAAGUCUCUAAGUGCCUGUGAU